AUGGACAAAGGGACAGCCAACGACCCUGGAAGCGGUAGAGGGCGAGUGCGCAUGCGCGCCGCCCUGGACCCACCCCCGCCGCCUCGGCCAGUGGUCAGCGCCCGGCCACCUGUUGAUGGGGGUGGCCACCCCCGCAGUCCGCGCGUGUCCAUGUCAGACGCCGAGUCGCCGCCCGGACAGGACACGCUGACAUGCGGCGGCUGCGCCAAGGCGUUCGCGCUCGCCGACAUCGUGCGCUUCAUCCAGCACAAGGUGCUCUCCUGCGCCGCCGCCCCCGCCGCCUCUGCCGCCUCCACCACCGCCCCCGGCACGCCCUGCAACAACAACAACAACAACAGCGGCGCCGCCGCCAAGGACGACUACGACAGCGACGGCGGCAGCACCGGUGGGGUGGUGAGCUCUCGCCGGCCCAGCAUUUCGGCGCCCAUCACGACGCGGAAGGCGCGCCCGCCUCCCGCCGCCUCCCCGUCCGCCCCCGGGGGCGGCGAGGCCUCUCCGCUGCCGCUGCUGCCGAUGCUGUCGCCGCCGCCGCCCAGCUCGACGCCCAAGCGUCGCGGCGCCGACAGCGACGACGAGGAAUCGCUGGCUGACGCGAAGCCGCCGCGCGGGCUCGUCAAGCUCGAGGACGCCGCCUCCUCGCCCGAGGACGCCGCCUCCGGCGUCAAGCGCUGCAAGACCGACGUCGCCGACGCCGAGUCCAACACCACCAACUCAGCUGAGGCGACCAAAUACGUCCUGCGGAUGCAGCGGCCUCAAACCCACCCCCGCAGGUUGGCUCGAGAGGAGGAGGACCGUAAAAAUAAGGCGGCGGUGGCGGCGGGGGCGUGA